AUGUCGAAGGCUGUGAAUGUUCCCACUGAUCCUAAGCAAAAGGAAAAGGAUAUUAACCAGAAGCUCCAAUUGUUUGGUAUCUAUCAUGCUUUUAAGAACAGCAAGCUCCCAUCCAACAAGCAAUGCGACAUUGCCUUGAACACUGCCUUGAACUCCAAAGCCCUCUCAUCUCCCCACAAGGAUCUCUCAGCCGAUGGAAAAACUCUAGUGUCAGAUCUGCGCAAUGUUAUCGAUGCCGCCAAGAAAAUGCUCUUGGUCAAGAACGAGGGUGAACUCCUUCAGGACUUCAUCUGGCAGGCUCAGAAAAUUACCACCGGUGAUGCCAAGCGCCCAGACCUUCCAAUUGAUAAGGACGCUGGCAAGCAAGAUGCCACCAAGGCUGCUGAGGGCCUGAAGACCCUGGGCACACUUAUGAUCACCAACGGAGAAUUUCGCAAGCUCUUGAGCGAUGCCGCGACUCUCGGAAGGGAUAUUGCGGCAGAUGCUUCUCAGAAGGCUGCCAACCAGGUCCGACCCUCGGAGGAGGAUCUCGCGCAGAUCGACCAACCCGCUGAAGACAACGUGUGGCACGAGAAGCCGAACAUCAACAAGGACGACUUGAAGUCCAAGUUGAAGCGUAAUAAAGCUGACGAGAGCAUUGCCUCUGCCUCAAUCGCCGAGAAUCAGUCGGCUGUUGAAUCUACUACAUCAUCAAAGAGCAAGACCAAGGAGUAUGCUGAAAAGACUAAGGGCUACCUCUCCGACAAGAUCCCUAAGGAGCGUCGCGAGCAGACCGUCUGGCGCCUGAAGAAGAUGAUCAUUGAGAUCCAGGGACAUGCUGACUACCAGCAAGCCGUCGAGACCUUGCUGAGCAUGGCCGAGCAGUACGCUGGUCACACCAAACAUGUCUCCAAGCAGGGUGGUGCUGCUGCCCGUGAUGUUGUCAAGACCGACAGUGUGCAGGCUGUCAAGCAGAACUUGCGCACUCUCAUCGAGCGCUUCGCCAACAACACCUCCCUGGACAGCUUCUUCGAGUCGCUCAACACCAUCUACCACGACGCUGAGAAGGACCCUGAGCUGCGUAACUGGUUCACCAACGUCGACAACUUGAUUCGCAAAUCUCUGCGUGAGCAGGGCUUCAUCAUGGAGGACGAGUGCAACCGCCAGUGGAACGAGCUCUACGACAAGGGUCGUUACCUCCUGCGUGAGCGCUACCGGGGACACUCUGACCGCAUUGUCGAUGAGGUCAAAUUCCUGGCCGAGCAGUUCGAACGGGAUCCCCAGAACACGGCCCUUGCCGAGGCCUUCCAGAAGCUGUUCAAGGAUCUGGGCCACGACAGCAAUGGCAAGGCCACCUUCAAGCCCGAUCUUCUCAAGGAUCUUCGUGACAUCAUCCUGCCCAGCAUUUUCGAAAAUGUUCGCUACGUACCGAUUCCCCGUAUCGAGGUGUCGGACCCUAUGGUUGAUGUUGUGGUCGAGAACCUCACCAUUGAGAGCGACAACUUGAUGCCCAACGUUGUGGAGUUCGGUAGCGACAACUACUUCCGCUGGGGCCGCAAGAAGAUUUCCAACAAGCGCGACAACAAGAUCAUGAUCGCCAUGUCCGGUAUCCAGGCUGAUUUGCGUGAUGUCAGCUACUACAUCAAGAAGAAGGAGGGCUUCCCCUCUAUCACUGACCGCGGUAUCAUGGACAUUUUCCUCGGUGGUGAGGGUCUCAGCGUCAAAAUCGCUGCCUCAACCGCCCAGAAGAAUGACAAGGAGCACUUCGUCAAGUUGGACAAGGUUAACGUCAGCAUCAAGAACAUGGACAUCAAGCUGAAGAAGUCCAGCCACAAGCUGCUCUUCAACACCUUCAAGCCUAUGCUCUUCCGCGUCGUCCGCCCCGCCCUGCAGAAGGUUGUUGAGGGACAAAUCCGUGAGGCGUUCAAGAAGGGCGACCUCUUCGCCAAGGACAUCCACACCGAGGCCCAGCGUGCUCAGCAGGCUGCCCGGGAGGAUCCCGAGAACGCCCCCUCGAUCUUCGCCCGCUAUUCCGACGCCAUCCGUGCCCGCGCCCAGGCCAAGGCCAAGCAGGCCGAGGCUAUCGCCAAGCGCGACAUCAAGGUCCAGACCGUUAUGACCCUUCACGACUCGAUCUUCCCCGACAUCGAGCUUCCCGGUGGCGUUUCCAGCAAGGCCACCGAGUACGCCGACCUCGCCGCCAAGGGCGACCGCUGGGAGUCCCCCAUUUUCAGCCUCGGUGAUGCCUCCGAGUCCACCGAUAUCCCCCCCGCAGGAAAGAUCACCAACAAGCCCCACGGAGCCAGCACUAACGGUGCGGGUGCUGCCGGCGUUGCCGCUGCCGCUGGUUCUUCCAAUGACGCCACAGCCGCCGCUGCCGGCAUCGCCAGUCCUGUCAACGGUGCCCGCGGCUUCUCUGACGAGGUCGACAAGGCCUUCGUCAAUGGCAAGACCCAGAACUUGGGCGACACCGUCAAGAACACCACUAACGGUUCCCACGUCACCAAUGGAGCCAGCGGUAUUCCCGCUGUCGGCACCCACGUCACCAACGGAGCCAGCGGUGUUCCCGCUGCCGGCACCACCGCUAUCUAA